CCUCGGACCAGACAUACAAGAAAGCGCUUCAUCAUAAAUUAGUGUCACAGCAGAAAGCAAGAUGAAUGUACGACUGCAGCGUCUAUGCUGCGCCCAUAAACCAAUAAAUAGAAUCUCCCGGCGCCUCAUCGCAACAGAAUCCACCAAGGCGACCACCAAGAGUCCUCCCCCGCCAUUUACAUCCACUACCCCGGAUGUGUCCUCCCACGCAGAGCCAGGUAGAAAAUCAGGUCACAAAGAAAGUAAAAAGCAAAUCUCAAAAGUCCACUGGGCGCUGGGUGAAGGAUAUGAAGUGGGCGGAGUGCUGAGACAGGAGAAAAGUGCUUUGGAUAGACAUGAUGAGAAGGGGUUGCCGACUUGGGGAGAAUGGGGUGUGCCGAUUCAGUUGGAGACCGGGAGUACUUCGUCGAUCAAUGUAGCACCGAAUUUCUGGCUGAGGGACAAUUGCCGUUGUGAGAAGUGUGUCAAUCAGGAUACUAUGCAGAGAGCUUUUGAUACUUUUUCUAUUUCUCAAGAUAUCCAACCAAAGGAAGUACGAACCGAGAAGGACGGUCUACGAAUAACAUGGGCCAACGAUGGACAUGUCAGUUCUUAUAAAUGGGAUUGGCUCUUGAAACAUAGGAGGAAGUCGAGUGUGCCCAUUUCUGUACAGGAAAAGGAAGCGAAGGCAGAUCCCUUCACCUACUGGGACUCAACGAUUGAAGCAAAUCCGCCUUCCGUUCAUUAUGAUGAGAUCAUGGCAAAUGAUAAAGGUGUUGGAGCAUGGACGGCUAAGAUUAGACAAUACGGAUUUUGCUACGUAGAUGGUUGUCCUGUCUCCCCUGAGAAAACACAAGAGCUCCUAGAGCACAUCUCUUUUAUACGAGUAACUCAUUACGGUGGCUUCUAUGAUUUCACAGCCGAUCUCACCAUGAAAGACACAGCAUAUACCAACCUCGCUCUCCCAGCUCACACAGACACAACCUACUUCACCGACCCGGCCGGCCUCCAAAUGUUCCACCUCCUCUCACACACGGAAGGAUCAGGCGGUGCGUCUCUCCUGGUAGACGGCUUCAACGCCGCCAAAACACUCCUCAAAGAAUCACCUGCCUCCUAUGAGAUCCUCUCUAAGACGCCCAUCAGCUGGCACGCUAGCGGCAAUGAGGGUAUCACCAUCACGCCCGCGAAAAAGAUGCCUGUGCUUAACUUUGGUGAUCUGAAAGAAGGUGGAGUCCCGAGACUGAUGCAGGUCAGGUGGAAUAAUGACGAUAGAGGUGUCGUGGCACUGAGCGAAGAUCGAGAUAUGGGUGCAGAGAAGUGGUACAAGGCGGCUGCAAAAUGGGAUGAGAUCUUGAAGAGGAAGAAUAUGGAGUAUUGGGCGCAGUUGAAGCCAGGAAGACCGUUGAGUAAGUACUCCCUAAAAUGAGAUUGCGAGUACUCAAGUAUGGUCGUGCUGACUUCGUCGUAGUCUUUGAUAAUUGGCGAGUUCUGCAUGGUCGGUCCUCGUUCACAGGAAAGAGGAGGAUUUGUGGCGGCUACAGUAAGUUCUUGGACCCCUAAGUUGAGAUACUUACUGACUCGUCUAGUCAACCAUGAUGAUUACGUCUCCAGAUGGCGUAACACAAAUUACACCAGGGAAGAAGCGCUUGCUCAAAUUCUGUAAAGGGUGGCUUAGAUGCGAAUCUUGUAUAUAAAUUCUUCAAAGCACUCAACCGAGAAGACCUGAUAAUCAAGUUCUCACUUACUCCAAGAUUCGAUGUAUGGAGACGGCUAUGUGCGAAUGUGAAAG